AUGCAAAAUGGUCGCGUUAUUGCUUAUGCUUCGAGACAAUUGAAAAAUCACGAGCAAAACUAUCCUACACAUGAUUUAGAGAUAGUUGCAGUGAGAGAUCUGAAUCUUCGGCAUCGUUGGUGGAUGGAACUACUCAAAUACUAUGACUGUUCUAUUUUGUAUCAUCCUGAAAAAGCCAAUGUGGUGGUUGAUGCAUUGAGCAGGAAAUCUAUGAAUUCAGAGGCAUUGUUGGUUUGUGCUCAGGCUAAGUCUUCAUUAGUUGAGCGCAUUAAGGCCACCCAAUAUGAGGAUGAGCGAUUAUGCAAAUACAGAGAUGAAACCUUAGCUGGUAAAAGCAAGGAUCUGAUUGUUGAAAGUGAUGAUGUUCUUCGAUUGGGUGACAGGCUAUGUGUAGCAGAUGUAGAUGGGUUGAGAUAUGCUAUUCUUGAAGAAGCCCACAUUUCUAGAUACACUAUACAUCCUGGAUCUACUAAAAUAUUGAUUGACGAAAUCGGCACAUUUUUUGCCAGUGAAAACUACAUAUGGUGGAGUGAGAUCUUGGAGGAUAUGUUUAGAGCUUGCAUUCUCGAGUUUGGAGGUAGUUGGGACGCUUGUCUACCUUUAGCUGAAUUUGCUUACAAUAAUAGCUUUCAGUCCAGUAUUCAGAUGACACCGUACGAAGCAUUAUAUGGUAGAAGAUGUCAUUCUCCAAUCGGAUGGUUUGAAGCUGGUGAGACUAAUUAUUGGGACCUGACUUAG